UCCAGAACUCGACCUCAAGCGCCUCGUGAUUUUUAUCUUGAGAGGCGCUAUAGAAAUUAUAUUUUCUUCUUCUUUUCUUCACCGGUCUGAAGCAGCCACCUUGUCCGUGAUAAGUCCGGACUUGUUGCUAGGGGCAUCGUCCGGUAGUAAAAAGAUCUGUUCUCUCAAAUCCAGUGGCUGAAGGGGGCCUUAAUGUACUAACCUUUACCUCAUUUAACCAAACUAUAAAAAUCAAUUGGAUUAAAAGAUUCAUUAAAAGCCCUAAUAGCAUGUGGAAUAUUGUCCCAGAUAAUCUAUUUAAUGCUGUUGGUGGACUUAACUUUCUGUUGAAAUGUCCUUUCUCAGUAGGAAAACUCCCAGUUAAAUUAAGUAAUUUUCAUAAACAAGCUUAAUUAUGUUGGAAUCUUAUAUUAAACACAACUUCUUUCCUCACAAUUGUAUUAUUUGGAACAAUACAUAUAUUGUAAACAAAAAUAAAACACUAUCUACACAAUUGGUCAUUAAAUAAUGUAAACACUGUGAAUAAUCUACUAAAUACAACUGGCAAAACAUUAUCCCACAAAGACUUCUUAGAAAAAUAUAAUAUUAAUACUCACAAGAAGAGUAUAACAUGGUAAUUAAAUCCAUCCCUGUUUGUAUUUUCUCUUUAGCACAGACCAUAAAAUCAAACUUUAUGUUAUCUGCAGCAGUCAGACCUCCAACUAUCUCUGGGAUUCCAAUCACAGAUAAGAAAUGUAAUAAUUCUGUUAUUAGAAAAGUAAUUGAUCCUGUCUCAGCCCCGAUAUGUAAACAUAGAUGGACUUUGAUGAACACAAAACUCUGGAACAGGAUCUUUCUGGUACCUCACCAAUAUGUCAUUGUGAAUAAGAUAAAAGAAGUUUUAUUCAAAAUUGUUCAUAGAUAUUACCCGUCAUAAGCAAACAUCUAUAUUUUUUCCCCAAAUGUUUCUGACAUCUGUACUUUCUGUGGUUGUAAGGGAGAAACUAAAGAACAUGUUUUUGUUGAUUGCUUUCAUGUAACUUUGUUUUGGUUCCAUUUACAAAGAUGCAUUUCCAGAAAGUUACAAAAAAAAAUGUUUCUUUAAGCAAAUAUGAAAUACUUCUUAUUGUUACUAACCCUCAUUUAUCAUCCAAUGAAAAAUACAUAAUUAACUUAGUCAUUAUUUUAGCAAAAUAUUAUUUACAUAAAAUGAUUUUUCAGAAAAGUAUCCCCUCCUUCUAUAAUUUCAGAAUUACUGACCUUAUGAAAUCCAAUCCAAUCCAAUCCAAUUUUAUUUAUAAAGCGCAUUCACAAGGCAUUACAACCAAACAAGGUGCUGUACACUAAAAAUGUUAGUUAAUCAAACAGGCGGUAUACAAACAUGUCGAACACAGAUAAAAGAUAAAAAGGAAAUACAACAAAAUUCCCAAAAGCUAACAGCUAAAAAUCGAUAAGACACAGGGAGAAUAAAAAUUAGAAAAACAUUUUAAAAAAGAACCUCAAUAGUAUGGAAGUUGAUAUUGUAAAGUCCAUUUUUAAACAAUGCAGAUGUAAGUGAUGGUCAUAAUUAUGUUAUAUAAGCUAGGUUGAAGUAGUGAGUUUUCAAGCGUGAUUUAAAAAUGCUAGCUGUUGGUGCUUGCCUCACUAGCAGUGGUAAUGCGUUCCACAGCUUGGGUGCACAGACAGAGAAAGCCCUUUCUCCACGGCUUUUUAAACGUGCAUUCGGAACAGCUAGGAGGAGCUUAUCUUCAGAUCUGAGAGCACGCGGCGGGUUGUAGUAAUGGACAAGUUCACACAGAUAUGGAGGAGCUUGAUGGUUCAAGGAUUUGUGAGUCAGAAGCAUAAUUUUGAAGUUUAUCCUGAACUGCAUGGGCAACCAGUGGAGAGAUUUCAGAAUUGGAGAAAUGUGUUGUCUUCUGUCAGCUCCAGUCUGCAACCUAGCUGCUGAAUUCUGGACCAGCUGAAGUCUAGAAAGAGCUGAUUUACUGAUGCCAUAUAAGCAGGAGUUAGAGUACUCCAGCCUUGAGGUGAUGAAAGUGUGGACCACAGAUUUCAGAAGAUGGACACUCAGGAUGUGCUUUAGUUUCGAGAUGCGUUUUAGUUGGAAAAAACAUGAUUAAACUGUGUUAUUGACCUGGGCAUCCAUCUUCAGAGCCUGGUCCAUUUUUACUCCAAGGUUGGAGAUUACAGAGGAAAACAUUAGGUGAGAGAUAGCUGAGGUCAUGUUGAUGAGUCGCCGUGGUACUGUAAGUACUGAAAACGAUUAAGUCAGUUUUGGAGUCAUUAAGAUGGAGGAACUUAUCAGCUAGCCAUUGCUUGACCUCAAGGAUACAAUCAGACAGAACUUUCGUUGAUUGAGUUGGCUUAAAUGAAAAGUAGAUUUGACAGUCGUCAGCGUAAAAAUGGUAUGAGACAGCGUGCUUUCUGAAAAUGGCUCGAUCGUGUCGAAUGCUGCGGAUAGAUCCAAAAGUACCAGAACCACAUGGAAACCUGAAUCUAAAGCCAGAAAAAUGUCAUUACACACCCGAACGUGAGCAGUUUCAGUGCUGUGCUGUUUUCUAAAACCAGACUGACAGAUGUCCAUUACCUGAAUUUCAUUUAGAUGUUUCACCAACUGUGCAUAGACUAUUUUCUCAAGGACCUUAGAUAAAAACGGUAAUUUGGAAAUUGGUCGGAGAUUAGAGUAAUCGGUGGGAUCAAGGCCGGGUUUUUUCAGGAUUGGUUGUAGAAGAGCGUGUUUAAAGGCACGAGGAACUUCAGCCAAUGUCAAGCUACUAUUUAUAAUGCCUUGCACGCUAUUGCUAAUUAAAGGAAACACCUCUUUCAGGAGUCGAGGUGGGAUAACAUCAUCAGGGGAGAUAUUGGAACAGCACUGAAAAAUUAAAAAAGAAGAACAAUAAACUAACAAAGACCAUCAACUUAUUUCAUCAUUUCAACUUAGACACAGCAGACCCCUAAGUGUUAUGUUUCUAAGUUAUUCAUGUUUUCGUCCGUUUUUUGUUUAUUUAUAGUUUUUUUUUGUUUAAUCGUUUCCUAAUGUUGCAUGUAUGUUAUUGCAAUUGUAAACAACUGUAAAAUGUGAUCCAUGGAUAUAUUGAAUGUAUUUUCUGAAUGUAUUAACAACAAGUUAAUAAAACCUGUUUGAAAAAAAAACUGGUAAAUAACCGUAAUCUUGCUGAAGGAAACUCCUCAUCGGGUAACUGACUGUCUUCACGCUCGGUGAUUGGCCAGUAAAAUAGAGAGCCCGCCCCUCCCUACACACAAAACUGCAGCCAGGAGCUCCGGUUCACCCAUGCACACACACAGACUAACGAUCUCUCUGUGCUUGCUACAUAUUUUAGAAAGUGUUGUCUCUUGAUGACAAAAAUCUAUCUUUGAAUUAUUUGCCUUUUACCACAGUUCAAUUGAGAAAGUUGAGGAAGUGUUUAAAGUGUUAACCACUUUACAUUUUGGAGGACAAAACCUAAACCUCAAGGUAAGUUCCACAUUUUAACUAAUUUAUUUUGUGAUUCUUUUUAGUCCAUUGUUAAAACUAUGUUACAGAAAUACUGAUACAUAUUUUUUAAUGAAUUCACCCAAGUUAACUUGCUCAUCACUUUUGUAAAAACAGUUAUUUUGAAACAAGUUGUGAUGAUGAGUACAGACAAGUUAUCAUGUCUAAAAAUGUUCCUUGUCUAAAAAUGUUCCUUGUCUAAUUUUUUUUCCACAGACAAAUGAGGCCUAGAAGGAUUUCUCCUGAAAAGGAUGCAUUGCACUUCAUUGUUUCUGGAAAUGACAAAGACAUUUUUCAGAAGAAACUGAUCGGCAAAGAGAAAGGUUAUGGUGUUAUUGCCACUAAAAAUAUUGAUCCAGGAGAAUUCUUGCUGGAGUAUGUUGGAAAACAUAUCACUGGGUUGGAAGGAGAGGCCCUGUAUAAACGUUACUCAGACGUGGAUGCAGCAUUUUUGUUUUUCUACUGCUUCCAAGGAGAAACUUUUUGUGUUGAUGGCAGUAAAGAUACGGCAAGACUUGGACGAUUCAUGAAUGACGAUCACAUCAAGCCAAACAGCAAAGUGAAAAUAGUACUGGAUGAGCAGAAAAGACCCCACCUGUGUGCAUUUGCAAUCAAAGAAAUACUAGCAGGAGAAGAAGUUGUUUAUGACUAUGGAGACUCUAACUGCUCAUGGCGACAGAAAACCUCUGUGUCUCCUUGUAGUGAGCACAUGGAAAAGAAGGAAUCCCGUUGGAGGAGAUUUCUCGAAAUUUUUGACUCUGAGCCUGGUGUGGUGAAAAUUGAUGGCCUUGUAUUCAACCAAAAACAGAAGAUUGCAAAUGGAUGCAAUGCAGCAGAAGUGUUUCCAGGAGUCUUUCACAACUGCCUUGUGGCAGUUAAACGAGUUGCUAAACACGUUUGUGAAAAGGAAUUGGAAAUAGCAAAUUUUCUUUGUUCAGAAAAGUUACAAACUGAACAUCUGUUGCAGCCCCUUACUGUGUUGAAAGACACAUACUUUGCCUACUUCGUCUCCCAUCUCUGCGAAUAUAAUCUCAUGGAACUGAUUGAAAAUAAAGAUUUUCCUGAGAGACAAAACUUGACAGAGCAGCGAAGACUACAGAUCUGCCAAGAGUUAUUGCUGGGACUUGAGGAACUGCACUCGCAUGGAAUUUUGCACAGAGAUUUGAAGCCUGAAAACAUCUUGUUUGAUAUCAACAAUAAACUUUACAUUGGAGACUUUGGAGCAAGCAGGAAACUGGAUCUUGCACAGACAACGUUGUUUUCACAAAUGGCUGGAUCCUUUUCCUGGUCCAGUUAUGAGGAUGUUGGAGGUCUAAAGUAUAGAUACAAGAAGGAAUCAGAUAUCCAAGUAGCUGGUUGCUUGCUGCAUUACAUCUUGACCGAUGGACAACAUCCCUUUCAAAGUAGAUUACCCUACUCUGACGAUCCCAUUGGACUAUCUCAAAAUGUCAGAAUGGGCAACUUCACUCUUCAAUUUGAGGAAAAAUGGAGCAGCCAAAAAGGUAUUAUUACCAGGAUGCUAAGUAGGUCACUUGAAGAACGUCCCACCAUCGAAGAAUGUCUUAAGGCUGUCACGUGUUUGACACAUCGGUCUGCUGGUACUGGAACAAUGAACAAGGCUGAGAAUGAGAAUCAAAAUAAAAUUGGAACCCAUACAGCAAAUUGCUGUCCUCAGAAAACAGAUGAGAUAGACAUUGAUGAGGAUAAUGUCAGUGAUCAACCUGAGAUUACUGGAAGUAACCUGUUGACUUCAUCUUCUGUCUCAGGGGAGGACUUUUCUGAGUGUGAAAUGACCACCAAGGAACAGGUUGCCUUUUCUCUGCAAAUGUCAGAUGAAGAAGUAGAAGACGAUAAACAAUCAGAAGAACAAAUGAAAGGAAAGGAAGUCAUCUCUGGAAAACCACCGUAUAAAAUCAAACAGUCUUCACACGACUCUCAACAACAUAACGUCACAGUAAAAAUGUCUUCAAACACUGCACACCAACGUGUCUACGAUAAGAAGAAUUAUUGCCUUUACUGUGAAAAGCCUUACACAAAAAUCACAAGACAUCUGAAGCAAAAGCAUUCAGAUAAACCUGAUGUCGCCAAGGCACUUGCGCACAAGAAAGGAUCAGCCAUGCACUGCUUACUUUUGACCAAAGUAAGAAACAUGGGAAACUAUAACCACAACUGUUCUGUCCUGUCCUCUGGAAAAGGACAAAUUAUACCAAAAAGGCAAGCAACUUAUCCAUCAGGUGCAACAGACUACCUGCCUUGCAAGUUUUGUUUUGCCAUGUACAUCAAGACCGAUCUCUGGAGACACCACAAGCGUUGUAGACUGCAAGUAAACGAGGACAAGGCUGUGAAAAGAAGGAUCCAGGCAAGUUGUUCACUGAUGUUACCAAUGGAGAACACAGUUUCCAAUGGUCUUAAAACUGUUCUCCAGGAAAUGACGUAUGAUAAUGUAACUCAGUUAGUAAAGGCUGACACCCUUAUUAUAUCACUGGGAGAGAGAAUGUUCCUUAAAAAUGGAGAAGUUGGACGACAUCGAGCAGACAUCAGAAAUAAAAUGAGGGAACUCGCCAGACUUGUUCUUAUUGCAAGAAAUCUAGACAAGGACAUCAUUUUUUUGAAGGACUUGAUCUGCCCUGGAAAAUUCAACACAGUCCUUGAGGCUGUAAAACAGAUGACUGGGUUUAAUGAAUUAUCAAACAGAUUCUCAGUGCCCUCAACAGCCCUUAAACUUCGCCAUUCUCUUGUGAAAGUGUCAUACAUUUUGCAAGGAGAGGCCCUGCGUCAACAGGAUGAUGAUUUAAAGUCAAAAGCAGAGCAAUUUAUCAAGCUAAUUGAACUGGAAUGGACAACACAUGUGUCAUCCAAUGCCCUAAAAACUCUAUACCAGAAAAAAUGGAACAGCCCUCAAAUACUGCCUUUGUCAGGAGACAUAAAAAAACUUCAGGACUACCUAAAAUGCCUUGAGGUGGUCCACAAAAAAAAUCUUUCUGACCAACCAUCACAAAAAUCUUGGAGUGAGUUAUCUCAAAUCACUCUCACACAACUGAUACUGUUCAAUCGUCGCCGAGAAGGUGAAGUUUCAAGAAUGGAACUCAACACAUAUUUACAGAGGAACAAACACAACAUGCAUGAUGACAUUUUGGAGAGCCUCUCGCCAUUUGAAAAAAAACUUUGUGAGAAUCUCAUCAGGGUGGAGGUACGAGGGAAAAGAGGCCGCAAAGUACCUGUGCUGUUCCCAUUAAAUAUAAAAGAAUCUGUGGAACUUCUUAUAAAAACAAGAAAAGAGGCUGGGAUUUCCCCCACUAAUCCCUACAUUUUUGCCCGUCCGUUUUAUGGCUCACAAGAGAGCAUUCGUGGAUGUGAUAGCUUGAAGCGGUUUGCAGAAAGUUGUGGAGCUAAACAGCCGGAAAAUCUCACAUCAACAAAACUACGAAAGCAUGUAGCCACGAUUUCACAGCUCCUUAACCUGCAAAACCAUGAACUAGACCAACUGGCCACUUUUAUGGGACAUAAUAUUGAUGUGCAUAGGGAGUUUUACAGACUACCUGAAGAAACGCUCCAACUGACAAAAGUCAGUAGACUUCUUUAUGCUCUGCAAGGUGGAAUGGGUAAAUUCAAAGGAAAAUCCCUGGAAGACAUCACACCUAACAUCGACUCUGAAAAAGAAUCAAGUGAUUCAGAUGGAGAUGCACAAUGUGAGGCAACUGCUACCACAUGUCAAAAAGUGCUUUUUUCAGAAAUUUCAAAGGAUAGACCCUGCAAAGAGAGCACAGCUGAAUCAAAAAAGGCUACUGGGGGCAUUAAAAAAUCAUCAGUGCCAUUGCUUAAAAAGGGGAAACCCAAGAAGCCCUGGUCAGAGACUGAGAGAGAAGUCAUUGACGAGCAUUUCAAGAACUUUCUAAAGGAAAUGAAAAUUCCAGGAAAAGCAGAGUGUCAAGAAUGCCUAAAUGACAAUCAGCUUCUGAGGGAUAAAGGAAGAGACUGGAAAGCAGUAAAAUAUUUUGUGCACAACAAAAUUACUGCUAUGAGGAGGUCUUUGUGCUAACAAUAACAAAACCAGUAACCCUAAGUUCUUAAGAGAAAUCAGUGUACAAACAAUUGGUCAUUUUAUGUAAAUUCAAAUGGAUCCAUCAAAUGUGCCUUCUCAAUUUGCUAACACAUGUUACAGUUUUUAAUCAGUAAAAAUUCACAAUUUUUUAAAUCUAUAUUAAUAAUGCAUGUAUAUCCUUGGAGACUGUAGACAUUGUUGCGAUAGUUUAACACUAAGCUUUAAGAAGUUAAACAGUACUCUCCCUGAGUUAUCCUUUGAAUUCCAGAGAAACUGAUGACUCCUAUUACCUCAUGUAUUUUUCUUUACUUAUUAUUUUUAGUAACACAUUGUCUUCAUAUCUACAAUAGUUAAAUAUUGCUUCAGUUUUUUAUUUGCAUUUCACAGUUUAAAUAGCAGUGACAACAUUGCCAGUUUGUAAAGUAACACUGCACAUUAGCUGCAUAUAUUUUAAAUAUUUUCUUAUGCUUUCCGUUUUUUUUUUAAUUACCUACUCUCGAAUGUGUAUAUCACUCUAUGUUAACUGAGUGGAAACUUGUGUUAUUAUGUACCAGCCAACAGUGGACCGAUGUAAUUCCAUACAACCAAGUGUGGACCAUUUUUUGGUUGUAAAAACAAUAAAAUGCAUUAUGCAAAAUUUCGUUUUCAAUCUUUGACUCUUCCCAUGCUGAUACUUGUCUGUUUUUUAAAUAUUUUUUCUUGUCUUUUUCAAUGCAUGUUAAUUGAAGAGUAAUUGUGUCAUGGUGCAUGUGAGUUGAGCGGUUGUGAGGAUCCAAAUGCUGGGGAGGAAGCAGGCAGGCAGACAAACUGGAACAUGUAAAAGGUCUUUAAUGAUAAAUGCACGCAGGACAUGGAAACAAUGAACUGACAAGACAGACAGAACUAAGAGGGUUUAAAUUAGGGAUGAAGCAUUUUUGACGAAUACGAGCAUGAAACGAGUAAAACUCGUAAAUAUCUGUAAUCAUGCUGAAGGAAAAUCUUCAUUGGGUAACUGACUGUCUUCAUGCUCUGUGAUUGGCCAGUCACAUAGAGUGCCCACCCCUCCCUACACACAAAACUGCAGCCGGCCGCCGGCUUCAUUCUUUUUUAAAUGACCAACUCUGGAAUGUGUAUAUUGCCCUAUGGUAACUGAGUGGGAACUUGUGUUAUUAUGUACCAACUGACAGUGGACCGAUGUCAUUCCAUACAGCCAAGUGUGGACCUUUAUUUUGGUUUUAAAAACAAUAAAAUGCAUUAUGCAGUUUUGCCUUUUCAAUCACUGACUCUUCCCAUGCUGAAACUUUGUCUGUUUUUUUAAUAUUUUCUUGUCUUUUCAAUGCAUGUUAAUUGAAGAGUAAUUGCAGAACAAACUUUCUCAAACAGCAGUUAUUCUGGUUUAGUUAUUGGACACUGUUUUUACAAAACAAAAUUAUAUUUAAUCACUACUAAAGAAGAAACAAAUUUGGGGAUUUCUGUGUGAAACAUUGCUUUUAAAAACAAGCCAAGGAGAUUAAGGGAUCCUAAAAGAGUGAACGGUAAAUUAGUUUUUAGUUAUUAAUGUAAAGACAGAAAGAAAUGGUCUUGAAUAUUUUCUUAUGUUUUCCAUUUAGCUUGAUUCAUUUUUAAAUGACCAACUCUGGAAUGUGUAUAUCGCCCUAUGUUAUUUGAGUGGGAGCUUGUGUUAUUAUUUACCAGCCGACAGUGGACCGAUGUCAUUCCAUACAGCCAAGUGUGGACCUUCUUUCUGUUGUAAAUCUCAACAAUAAAAUGCAUUAUGCAGUAUUGCCUUUUCAAUCACUAACUCUUCCCAUGCUGAUACUUGUCUGUUUUUUUAUUUUAUUUUUCUUGUCUUUUUAAAUGCAUGUUUAUUGAACAGUAAACCAUCUCAAA